UGCAGCCUGCAACCAGUGCAAGAACUUGAAGACGUGCUCCCUCACCUGGUUCCUGAGUUUCUCCAACGCCUUGACUCUGAGCCUCAGACUCAGAGGCAGAGUCAAGUUGAGGAGAUGGCUGGUCAAAUGGGCGGAGCCGAAUUGAGAGUUUUGCAACGCUGGCGAAGCUGCCUUUCCCAGCACCGGAGGUUGCAAUCCCGCUCUACGGUCAAUGGUGCGAAUGAAUUGAAAGGGUGCAAAUGCUGAUACCCAAUGCAGCUCAGUCAGCUUUGAAGCGCCAAGAGAGAGGCUGCAUCUUUCGAAUGUUGCUGCAUGUAAUGCUCUGAGAAGAAAGCUGGAAGGGACAGCAUUUGAACCCUCAGUUGAUGGUCUAUCUCCGGAGGCUUUUGUAAGCAUACGUGCAAGGUGAACUUGCGACACUGGAAAUCAAAGCGAUGACCCUUUUCCCGCUGUUUCAGUGGCCACUUAGGAGCACACUAGCAACUUCGGCUCUCCUUCUCUUCAGCUUAGGUCUUAGCUCAGCGUCCUCAAUGGGUGAGCCUCAGGUCAAAAGGUGGUAUGUUGAAAAGAAUGCAUUUGGGGCAGGGCAGCCUCCAAAGCAGUUACGAUUGACUGCACCUGAGAUGCCCCACCAGUAUCCUGUGCUCAUAUUUCAGCAUGGUACCAGUAUGUACACGGCUUGGUACUCCACCAUCCUCGACCACGUCGCGUCCAGAGGCUACGUUGUCAUUGCACCUCAGAUGUACACGAUCUGCCCGCCAAAGUCCACGGACGCGAACGAAGAAAUCUUGGAGGCGGCCGCCGUCAUCCACUGGAUCUCGUCCAAUCAGGACAAGCUGGGCCUGCCCCUGGGGGUCACUCUCGACUUCGACAAACUCGCGCUUGCAGGGCACAGCCGGGGCGCUAAGGUCGCCGUAGCGCUGGCCAGGAAGCUCCUGAACACUGACGUCACGAUGCGCGCGCUGGCGGCGCUGGACCCAGUCGACGGGCCCAAGAACGGGAACCCGAUUGCGAAAGACACGCGCCCGAGCGAACCGGCCACCUCCGAAUGUUCCACCGACCACUCCGUCGACUUGGGUGUCCCCGCCCUCCUGUUCGGUUCCGGGCUUGGGGGAUCCCCCACGCUCGGAGGCCUAGCCGGGCCCUGCGCCCCGGCCGCGCUUGGAUACGCCCAGUUCUUCAGGGCGUUCAAAAGCACGACGUAUCAGUUCGUGGCCAAGGACUACGGACACAUGGACAUUCUGGACGGGAAGAAGGAGGGUUGUCCGUCGUUCUCACGUUUCAAGAAUUGUUUGGCGACCAAGGUGUGCCCGGGGUGUGGCCCCGGGCGGAGCCGCGGGGAGCUGAGAAGCUACCUGGGGGAUCUGCUGGUCGCCUUUCUGGACUCUUCCUUAAAAAACAAGCCCGGGGGCUUAGAAAAGCUGAGAGUGGAGUGGGAGAGCGCUCCCAUUGCGGUCGAACAGCCGAAGGUCUAUGCCAGCCCCAGUUCGGAACCGGGCCGGGGACCGGAUCAGUCCACGUCUCACUAUGAGAGUCCAACGAGAGUUCUAGAGCCGGCAUCAGUGUAACUGAGAAUGUUUGAUCAGGGUCGAACUGAGCAUGUAGUGAUUGAACAUAUAGUGAUAGCCCGAUGCAGAAUCUCCACAAUGGGUGCAAGCAACGAGGCCGAUUGGACCUUCCGCGUCCGUCGCAACACGUCGACUCUUUGGGCUGUUCCCCGAGUUAGGACGGACUGUCAAUUUAAGGCUGAGGACUGGUCCCAGAGCUUGAGCACGCCUUUCACGUCGAUCAGCUAGUAGGUCGGCGUGAUCAAGCAAAGAGAGCGGGUCAGAAAUAGUUUGGAGAUGCACCGCAUGCCAAGCAUGAAGCCUAUAUAUGAAGACCUGCGGAUCGAGGUGGUGA